AUAAUAGAUAAUCAUGAAAAAUAUAAAACUAAUCAAAAGGGCCAAAACGUGGCCUAGGACCAUUAGAGCUAGUUAGUCCAACUUGUGGUCCACCAUUGGAAAAACGAGCUCCUUCCUUAGCCUGACGCUGACAUUUGAAUAAAGAUAUCUACGACAUCAUCAAAGUUCGAAUUCAUCUGCACAGUCCAUGGCACCACCAACUCCAAGAUUGGUAGUACCCAUAGACCUAAACAAGAGGCCUUGGGAACAAAAGCUUCCUCUCCAUAACCGAUGGCACCCUCACAUACCCCCUGUUACAGAUAUUGUUACCGGUGAAGUCUUUAGAGUAGAGAUGAUAGACUGGACUGGAGGUGCUGUUAAAGAUGACCAUUCAGCACUAGACAUAAAACUUAUAGACCUCUCUACUGUCCAUUAUCUAAGCGGGCCUAUCAGAAUUCUGGAUGAGGAUGGGACCCCAGCGAAGCCGGGAGAUCUUCUUGCAGUUGAAAUAUGCAACUUGGGUCCUCUACCCGGAGAUGAAUGGGGUUAUACAGCGAUAUUUGACAGAGAAAAUGGAGGCGGUUUCUUGACAGAUCAUUUUCCUUGCGCAUCGAAGGCUAUAUGGUACUUUGAAGGGAUAUACGCCCAUUCACCUCAGAUCCCAGGUGUCAGAUUUCCUGGUUUAACUCACCCAGGGAUAAUUGGAACCGCACCUUCAAUGGAACUCCUCAAAAUUUGGAACGAAAGGGAGAGAGACGUCCAAACGAAUGGGCUCCAAUCAUUCAAACUCUGUGAGGUUUUGCAUGCCCGACCUUUGGCAAACUUACCAUCGACAGAAGGCUGUCACCUUGGAAAGAUCCAAAGGGGCACUCCUGAUUGGGAGAGGAUUGCAAGGGAAGCCGCGAGAACAAUUCCAGGGAGAGAGAAUGGGGGGAAUUGUGACAUCAAGAAUCUCAGCAGAGGUUCCAAGAUAUACCUUCCAAUAUUUGUUGAGGGAGCAAACCUCAGCACCGGCGACAUGCGCUUUUCUCAGGGAGAUGGCGAGGUUUCAUUCUGCGGUGCAAUAGAAAUGAGUGGUUUUCUGGAACUAAAGUGUGAAAUCUUAAGGGGAGGAAUGAAAGAGUACCUCACACCAAUGGGGCCUACACCUCUUCAUGUGAACCCAAUAUUUGAGAUCGGUCCAGUGGAGCCAAGAUUCUCAGAGUGGCUGGUGUUUGAGGGCAUCAGUGUGGAUGAAAGUGGGAGGCAACAUUUCCUAGAUGCCAGCGUUGCUUACAAGCGAGCAGUUCUCAAUGCCAUUGACUACCUAUCCAAAUUUGGCUACUCCAAAGAACAGAUGUACCUGUUGCUAUCUUGCUGCCCUUGCGAAGGAAGAAUAUCAGGGAUAGUCGAUGCCCCCAAUGCUGUUGCAACCCUAGCUAUUCCAACUGCAAUCUUUGACCAGGAUAUUCGUCCUAAAAAGAACAAGGUGCCACUUGGUCCUCGCUUGAUCAGGAAACCGGAUGUUUUCAAAUGCACUUAUGACGGGAAUUUGCCCAUAACGAGGAACCCUAGUGCUAUGUGAUAACUCAAAUUUCUUGUUCAGAUCUGGAAAACGGGACUCAGCCAAAACUCUUAUUCCGUAGGCGCUUGCGCAUAAAGUUAAAUUAAAAGAUAUGUAAAAUUGUACUAAUGUUCCUGGUUAUGCUGGAGAAACUCCCGAAGAACUACUAAUACUUGGCAUUAGCUAUUGUUGAA